CCCUGAUCUGCCAGGUCGCGAAUGGACUCCAGCCGACAUGGAGGAAGUAUUGGCGUCCUCGCAUCAUGGUCUCGACAACAACUCCACAUUCUCCACUCCGUGGUCUUACGUGAAGCCCGACGCGCCCUGGGGGUUUGUGGUUUACCGAGCUGUGUACGGAAAGGAGAGUGAGGAGCCUUGGAAGCAGAUAUUAGGUCUGCUCCGAGACACAGUUACUGUCCCAAAAACAACUCAGCAACCGUUUCCGUGGCUCGGGCCUAUACAAUCGGACCCUCAAUUCGAACUAACGGUUAUGGAGGACGAGCAGAGGUUCGCAGGCGCAGACUCGCACACAAUCCGAGAAGCGUUUCGGGAAUGGGUUGCUGGCGACUUGCCAUCUCGCGUGUUAAAUCCUGCUAUAGAGGGCGGGAUCGAUAAUAUCAGGGCCAUGAUCAGGAGCACCGCAAUCGGCGAAGCGCACGAAUAUGGACACGGGAAGCCCAUACAUCCCUGGCAUAUAGCGCCUCCUCGGUGGAGUUUCUGUGUCCUUGUAGACGAGAUCUGUCUGCGCUCGCUGAAUCGCGCAGAUGGUCUCUGUCCGGUGGUCAAGAUGGUGAAUCUGCGGUUCCCUGAAGGCAGGUGCGAGAGCAUCGCAGAAGGAUGGGAAGACGGUGAGACGGAAGACCCUCAGGAGGACGUUGGGUGGAUGUAUACGUACGCUCACAGCUAUGAGGUGUGGUAUCAGGUCCUGUCUGAUCCUUCAAAUUGGGACGACGAGGUCUGGUACAUGAGGCCUGAGAAGGAAGAAUUUCCCUCUGCGAAUGAUGUAGAAUAAAGUUUGUUGUAGAACAUGGAAGGCCUCGGAGCGAGAUUACAG